AAAAAAGCUUUUCGACUCCGCUUCCCCAAGAAUUCCCACUCUGUGCCUCCAGCUCGGCCGAUUCAGCCCUUGAACAACGCGAAACUUUCUCAACGUGUUCUUUGCGAUAGCCCGAGCCGCAAGGCCGAGAAAAAUGUCCACUUGUCCUUGUCAUUCAGAAUCGGCCAAGAAGAGGAGUCUGGUUAA